CACACGGUUUUUGGGAUCUGAAAGGGUCACCAAACAGCGCGUCUUCUCAAAAAAUUCCCUUUCCUUUACAAACAAAUCCACACAAUUAAUGAAAAAAUUCAUUGUUCUUCAUGUUCCUCAAAAACCCAGAUUAUAACUUUUUUUGAAUCUUCUUGUUGUUCAUCUUGUCUUUUUGUUUCUGUUUCAUUCAUCAUUUUGAAGCUAUGGUGACAACUUUGCUAUUAUUAGCUAUUCUUUUCAUACUGGGUUUCAUUCAUAUUUACUUUUCUUUUUUGCCCAAUAAAUUUUAUUAUUGGAUCCAAUCUUUAAUCCGCAAUACUAGUCCUUCAUCAUCAUCAUCUUCAGCUGUGAAUUACAAAACGGCCCAGAAAAUAUCAGUAACGGAACGGGGAGAUCCAAAUAACUUGGAGUUAAAAAGGGUGUUUUCCACCUUCGACAAAAACGGGGACGGAUUCAUAACCAAGCAAGAAUUGCGCGAAUCGUUAAAGAACAUACGGAUGUUCAUGACGGAAUCGGAGGUGGAAGAAAUGGUGGUGAAACUCGAUGCUAACGGUGAUGGGUUGAUUGAUUUCGAUGAGUUUUGUGUCUUGUGUAAAGCCAUCGACGACGACGACGACGGCGGCGGCGAGGAAUUUAAAAGAUUGGGGGAAGAAGGUGAAAUAUUGAAGGAAGCUUUCGAUGUGUUUGAUAGGGAUAAAGACGGGUUAAUUACCGUCGAGGAAUUGGGAUCGGUGCUUUGUUCAUUGGGAUUAAAAGAAGGUGAUAAGAUCGAAGAUUGUAAAGCGAUGAUACGGAAAGUUGAUAUCGACGGCGAUGGGAUGGUGAAUUUCGAUGAAUUCAAGACGAUGAUGAAAAAUGGUGGCCGAUUAGUCUCAGCCUUUUGAUUUAAAAUCAAAUUAUAAGGUAUAAUUUCAUUUUUAGUCCUUCUACUAUGCCAAAAUUCAAGAUCUGAUUCUCUUUUCGAUCCUUUUAGGUAAAAAUUUUCUUUAUUAAUUUCGAUAUGAA